AUGAAGGGUACGCCGAUCUUCCAGUUCAGGCCGUGGCCGAAGAUCCAUCAGCCGUUGCCUCGGACACCACGAGAGUCCCAGCAACUCCUCAACGCCCUCACCUCGUCGUUCCGACGUCAGCUGGACCGCGCCUACCCGGCUCCGGCUCCCAGUAUCUCCAAUCCCAAUGGCGAUCGACAGCCCUUGAAUACCGACUCCUCCGCUCAUGCAACCGAUAAGCACCUGCAUAGGAUCCUAGAAAACCCUUUGUUUCGCAUUGUGCCCUCGAAAGCGAAGACACCCUCUCGUGAUCAUGCCACCCCAUCAAACAGCAAUGAAUCCCAACACGCGAUACAGGAACCUAUGAUCCUGUUCGACGAGGCUGUUGCCUCUGGAUCUGCCACGGCACCAUUUAUCACAGAGUGCCUCAAAUCACAACUGCUUCUUGCCCGAGCCUCCGGUGAGAAUGGAGUGCGAGAAGCAAUGAAGGCCACUCGGGCGGGCUCGAAGGUGGUCAACUGGUUCUGGGCUUCGGAUGGUACUUCCAGGCAGAUGCUUUUACAGACGCGGGCCUCGACGGGCUCCCUGACCAAGUUUAUGGUUGCGGAGGGGCUGCAGAACACCGUGAUGGGAUGGCUGAGGAUGCUCGGCAGCGGGGAUCUUGGGGGCCACAAUGGCCGGGUGACCGAAGAAAAAGCUCGCGUGUCCUUCAAUCAACUUCUACAGGACUUGCUUGAUGCUGAAAUUCGCUACGGAGCUGGGCUCGGCUCGGCAAUUAAGUACUACCUGCGUGCAUGCCAUCUGCACUUUUCCUCCGUCGAAUCGCAGGGCGAUCUGAAGGUCGCCAAAUCAAUGUUGCUCGCAUCGGGCGCUCAACUGGCUCGUAUCGUUAUGGAGCAAAAACCCUCCGGUGAUCAAGUCUCCGUGCAUACCUACGAGGAAUUCGCUGAGACCAUCUCCACUUUGUCCUCGUCCCGGUCCUUAUUGUUCUCUUCCGUGGCCCUCUGCCAUCCGACUCAUCCGGACCCAACACCUUUCAUUCAUUUUGUGGACAGUCUAUCACCAAACAAAUUCCAGAGGUGGAAUGAGACUCGGCGGGAUGCCUUUCUCAAAAUUAGUUGUGAUGCCCUCCGAACCUUGAUUGACCGCGAGAAAAUCCGACUUGCGACCAGCCUGGGGCAACAGAUUCAACAACUACUCCCAGAGGAGACCGCUACUGCAAGCGUGGAAGGAUCUCGCUCUCGCACCUCGGCCGAGGAGGAUUAUCUCCUGAACCGCUUGGAUCUCAAUUGGACCUGA